AUGACUCUAUCACAGAAUCUGUUUCUAUUGAUCAUCUUUUCAACAUAUCCAGCAAUACAUGCCUCAUAUCACUAUGUCGGAUGUUAUACUCAAGUCUUUUACGAUAGUUUCUUUCAUAGUUCAUACAUGGAACCAUUGCUCUGCUUUCGUUUAUGUGACACACCGAUCGUUUAUUUGCAAAAGACGAUCUGUCGGUGUUCAGGCGGUGGUUUCAUGCAUUACAAUCGGCAGAAUGAUGAUAGAUGUUUAAUUCCGUGUCCAAAAACGAUCGAUUCAAAACAUUUAUCCAACAAUACAUGUGGUGGAUUACGUACCUAUUCUGUCUAUAGUGAACAAGGGUUUUAUAGCCGACAUGGACAUUUGUUUAAUUAUCAAAUAAAAUUUUCUUCGUGCGAAUCCUGGGCAAAACAAGGCAUUUAUGACACCAUAGUUAUUAACCUAAACGAACAGCCAAUUAUAUCAUCAUUGAAUAAAUUAGAACAAUGUGCAGCUGUCUGUCUUGAUCGAAACAUAACGACGAAAUCAAUAGCAUUCAAUAACGAUGAGAAUCAAUGUGUUUGUAUUAUGAAAUGGCAAAUUGGUACAACCGUGAAAAGAGAUCUCUUUGUGAAAACCUUAUCAAAUCAUUCAUGCGAUUAUCAUUGUUCGAAUUCAAUUAAUGGAUCAAUUGGCGAACAGAAAUUUCAAUGUGGUUCGACGAUUGAUAAACAAAUCUGGGCAAUCUAUGAUAUACAUGGAACAUGUCCAUCGGAUUUCAUCUACAUUAAAGAAUUAAACAAAUGUAUGAAUACAUUUGAAUUCUCGUGGAAUAGUUGUUCACCACCUUCGAUAAGUUAUAUAUACAAUGGAAAUAUAACCUGGGACGUUUUUCUUCAAAUAGUUGAAAGAUUAGGAUUGAAAAAUUCCAAAGUUGCUGUUCAUUUUACGCAAGAUAUUGUCAUCGAUUCAUCACUCUUAUGUGCAAAAAGUUCAAUCGUGGACACAUCAUCGCUUUGGUCAUCACAAUCAUUCACGUAUUCAACCUCAUCCGGACUGACCAAGCGUUAUAUAUUAGAAAAAGGCUGUUUGGUCAAUGAAAAUACUCAACAAACCUUUUCUUAUCGAUAUGCAAAUUACUUAUGUGUAGCUGAACCACUGAAUCAAUAUACUACGUCGUACGACAUUCGAGAUAGUUUAUAUUCUUUUAUUAAUGAAGAACCUGAGGAGAACUUUUGUCCACCACAGUGGUUAGAUUUGAAUGGACGAUGUUAUCGAAUGUCUUCGGAACGUAAAUCAAUUCAAGAUGCUAAGAGCAGUUGUAUUGCUCUGUCGAAAACAACUACCACGCAAAAUAGUGCUCUUAUCGUUCAACCGGAAAACAACGACACCGAUGACGAUGAUGGAUUGGAUGAUCAGCUAAAUUUCACACCGAAAGGUGAUAUCGUUCAGUAUACAUCUCCAUGGCAAGCCCGUCUUGGCUUUUUUCUUUUGGAUAAAAUUCCUGACGCUGAUGAACAAUGGAGUGACCAAAUAGCCACUCAAAAAUUUAAUGUCUAUUAUGAAGAUCUGGCCUUAUUCGCAAUUGAUGCAGUUAGUAAUCAAGAUUUUCAGAUGAUUAGUCCAAUUGAAAACAAUGCUGUAAACAUAACUGAUGAUUCAUGUAUUGUGCUAUCGCGUACGGAAGUUAAACCAGAAGAAAGACCAGUAUUGAAAGCAACGGUCAUGAGUAACUGUUCGAUUCCUCGACAUGUUCUAUGUGAAACAAAAACGUUGAUCGUUGAUCGUUUUCAAAAAUCUUGUUUUCGUAAACCAGUGCUAAUGGAUCUGCCAGCGUUAAUAUCGAAUCAUUUAACACAUGAAUUAUGUUUAACUAUUUGCGAAGAAUUGCAAACGACUCUAGUUAUCAUUCAUAUAAAUAAAUGCUAUUGUUUAAAUGAUUAUGCUUUACGACCGAUGAAUUUCACAAAUGAUCUGAGUAAAUAUCAACGAACAAGCUGUGGGCAAUUGUGUUCAGGUAAUCGACAUGAACAAUGCGGGGAUAAUGAUACGAUCGUGGUCUUUGAUAUAUCCCAAUCUCGACGUGCAUAUUCAUACUAUCCGACAACAUUCAAGCCAUAUCUUGAUUUUUCGUACGAUAGUUGUGUACAUAUGUCUUCGUUCGAUCCGAAUAGAUCGUACAAGUUUACUUUUAACGAUAGUCUCGAUCUUCAUCCUCGCCACUGUUUAGAAUUUUGUACGAUUAAUCAACAAAAAUACGCUCUUAUCAACUCGAACCAAUGUUUUUGCAUGAACAUGCCAGCUAAGCAUUAUAAUAAUAAGCACCUCCUUCCAAAGCAACAUUGUUCUCAAGAAUGUUCAAGCAAUUAUUUCUACACAUGCGGAAAUCCAACUAGUUCCACAAUCUAUUCCGUGUACACCAGACAGCAAAAAUGCCGACAUGGUAAUGACAUUUUCAAUCUAAAUCAAGUUUCUACUUGCUUUUCCUUAGGAUUUGAAAUGGCACAAAACAGAGAACAAUGUGUCUAUGGGCAUUAUUCCACACGGACAUAUUCCUAUGAAUCCGCUCGAUCUAAUUGUGAUUCUCUCGGUAGUUCACUUGUGAAGAUUAAUGACGUUUUAGAGCUUCAAGAUCUUCUACCCAGAUCAAUGGUAUACACACAUGUGUUUCUCUGGAAUCAACUUGCUAACGUUCAAGCUUCCGCUUUACUUAAUUUUAGCAAAUAUUUUUGGUUAGAUCGAACAACGGACAAAGCAAGUGAUCCGAUCGAUUCAAGUCGUUUACUUCUGACUAAAUGCUCACAAUCACCUCCAACCACCGAUGGUAAUUGUUUCGCUUUAUCAUUGAAAAAGACGCCAAGUAUCAGUGAACUUUGUGUAAUUGAAUCCGAUGAGUGUACUUCGAAAUCAGCGACUCCUAUUUGUGUUAAUGAUCAAUCCAAAUUGAAUUAUACAUCGAAUAUCCAUCCGUGGAAGAACGACAACUCAACUGUCAUAGCAACAAACAUUUCAAUGGAUUAUUCUUGCGAUGAUAAUCAAAAGGAUUACCAUUUUAUUGAUGAAUAUUGUUAUAAAAUCACCUUUCAUGAAACAACCUGGAGCGAAGCUAAAAGUACAUGCGAAAAAGAAAACGCAAUAGUUUUUGUUCCUGAAACACACAUCACAUUGUCACUGAUUAGAUCGUUAUUCAUACGACGAACGAAUUACAUCGCGUCGGGCUAUGCUCAUGUCGGUGUUAAAUAUGAUACUCAAAAUCGAACUGUUAUCGAGUCGAAUAUUAAUAACAAAAAAGUAGUCGAAGUUAUUCCCGACUCCAAUGCCAUUUAUGACCUAUGUGAAAAAACAUUUCACGAACGUUAUACAGCACUCAUGUCAUCAACGACCACUUCAAGCAAUGAACGCGAACAAAUGAAAACAAAACAAAUGGGUUGUGCAUAUGUAGAUUUAUUAUCAGAUACAAUGCCACUUAUCCGUUGUGAUGAAAUUCCUUGCGAUCGAAUAGCAACAGUGAUAUGUCAAAAACUGCCAAUAGUAAAACAAAAUCUAGUGAAAGUCAAACGAGAAGAGAUUCCUACGUUUGCUGAGAUUGGUUCCAGAUCAGGAUCGUUACCAAGUCAAAUGUCGAGUUUAUCAUGGGACAAUUCCAAGUCCGUUCUCCGAGAUUUUGCUCCAAUACUUUGCAUUUUAGCCCUGUUAUGUAUAUUCCUACUUCUCGGACUUAUCAAUAUGUUACACAAUCACAAUUUAUUACCGUUCGUUUCAUAUGUAACAAGAAGGCAAAAUAUCAAUCUAGCCUAUACACCAUUGACAUUAACGAGUGAAUUCGAUGUGGAUUGUGAUGAAAUUCUUACAUAG